UUGACGGAGUUCGCCCGGAGUCAGUCUUUUGUCAUAUUUUAUUGUCAGGGCAACGACAAAUCAAGAUGCUCAUUUAUUUUAUCGAAAUAUCCAAAACCAUAAUCCUUGCAAGCCUGUACAAGCAUCUAACGGGCUUUGCUCUUUGUUGACGCGAUCCACGAGCUCACGAACGCCGAACAAGAAGACUCUGGGCGAGAAGAGAGUCACGUAUGCGAAGAUCUUCGUGAAACCCAAGUACCGGGAAUCCGCCAGAUACGCGGAUUCGUUGGAAGCCCCCAAUCCUGUGGAUAGACAAACAGCUUCAGCCGUGGAUCGCAUAAACAAGGGUGGUCAAACGGUGGUGUCGAAACCCCGGAAAUCUCGCCGCAAGAAGUCGAGAAACGCUGCCACCAACUCCAAGACAAAACCAAUGGCAACUACUUGCGGCGAAUAUCGAAAAGACACCCAGAAAUGUAAUACACAAGCGGGAACACAGUCGCAGAAUCAACAACCGUGUUCCAUGCCAGCAAUUCAGAAUCAAACGAAUUCGACGACGCCGAUGCGCCUGAGAUCUCUUUACACGGCGCACAGCUAUCAUACGCAAACAGACGAAUCUAAUUACCAGUAUUUUGAAGCACCUCCGUCGGAACAAUGGGGCGGGCUAACGAACGCAACGCCGUUCUCCAAUUCAACGCUUUGGCGGCAGCCACGGAACUCGAAAGUGGUUAUGCCUUACUACGAAGAGACCUGCGUCUACGCGGAAAACUGGAGGGAACACGAUACCGAUGCAGCCAUAGUUACCACGCCGCAUGGGACCAUUUCCCUGAGACUUCACAACAGAAUUCGAGUAGAUAUGACCAUCGAUCGCGCGGUCAGAAUAAUUAAUUUCAAGAAUAACAUUGUACUAUCGUUGAGUGGUUCUGGGGCAACCGCAGCAUUACUGCACCCGAAUGGAAGAAUAUAUCAAUAUGGAUCACGAGUUGAAAUCUUGGCCCACGACGCCCUAUCGACAUUGUCAUUCGUUAGAUACGCAAAAAUGUGGUACAAAGGAGUCAGCUUCACGUCCGAGCAAUGUGCUCUUGUCUAUUUAGUGGACACAGCGGGAACGAGAACGACUACAGACUCGUUUUCUGACAUGAGUCAGGAUUUUUCUGUAAGUGUCUUUUAUUCCCGUUCUCGACACGGUUUAACGUGCCUGCAAGAAGCUGCGGCCGCUCUAGACUCUGCUCAAUACUGGUUAACGAACGAAGGAGUAGAGAAUUGGAUUAUCAAUAAUGUCAGAGUUUCCCAAACACCUGAUGGUCUUGUUAGAAUCGCACGGAAUAGUAACAAAUAUCAGUUGCGCACAUCCCCUAGUAAUGGUACUGCUUCGUUAACAACGCCGUUUUUACAUUGUACCGCUUCUUUGGGCCAGACAUCCCAUCUUUUCGUGCGUCGCGGAGAACGACGUAUGCACUACGAUGGAACCAGUUUUAUUGUUCGCAACGCAGGCCACAGCGCUGGAUUCGAUGACAAUAACCAGCUGAAAGUUUACUAA